AUGAAAUCCGAGGACUAUAAUCAUAAUAGUGUUUUUUAUAUAUGCAAAAAUCAUGUUGUAGAUAUUAAUGAUAGCACAUAUAACAUAAUGAAAAAAUUAAAUUAUCUAUAUGAAACGCGCUUAUAUUUACAGCCGUAUAAUAAUGACUGUGAAAAUGGGGUUAAAUGUUAUGAAAAUUAUAUAGAACUUGUUUCAAUGAGUCAAGAACUUAAUAACAAAAGUUUUAAUGAUGUUCUAGGAAAUUAUAAAAAUCAAUAUAACACAAGCAUAAAAAAAUGGACUGACUGGACUGAAUACUCUGGAUUUCCAAAAAUCCUAUAUUCCUCUUAUGGAACACACAUGCAUAAGCUUUCUUUUACUUCUUUAAUUUCAGUAUAUACAUUGAGUUUCAUACGUAAAAUCAACUUCAAGGAGGAUAAAGAGAAUGAGGUAAAAAAAAAAAAUAAAGCAAAAACAUUAAAUAAUUUGUUUGAUACAGAACAAAUAAAUUUAUGUGAUAUAUAUCACGAAGUAUUAUAUAACACUCUAAUAUAA